CGAUCCCCAGCGGGGGAUCUAGUAUUCAUGGAUAUACAGCGAAAGCCAGGCAGCAUUGAAGAGCCCAAGGCAAAGCCGAAGAUGGGUUUCACCAUGGGUCUCAACAUGCUGCUUCUCCUGGCCAUGGUGGCCACCAAUAUCCUCUCCCUCUACCAUCUCUCCUCUACAAUUCAAACCACCAAGAAGCCCCCCGCUCCAGUACCUGUCCCUGACUACCUUCUCCACCAGCUCAACACCAUACGUUCCACCAUCACCCACCUCACGCGCCUCCCACCCUCAGCCGCAGAUUCCUCCACCAAAGCCGCCGUCUCCACCACCACUGCCCCACCGGAUCUGCUCCUCCACUCUCAACUCUCUCCCAUCGCCACAUCUUGCCACAAUCACCCUGGCCUCCUCCAUCGAUAUAUGAACUAUACACCAUUCUCUCCCUGCCCUCCAGAUUCCGAGGAGCUCGCGGAGUCACUCAUCCUGCGUGGCUGCCACCCACUCCCUCGCCGUCGGUGCUUCUCCAAAACCCCACCAAAACCCACGUCGUCUCUUUCCCACAACUCGUUUGCUCCUUCGCUGCCGGACCAAAACGUUAUCUGGCAUAAGUACUAUUGCAAAAGCUUCAGCUGCCUCGUGCGCUCCAACCCAAAACUGGGUUUCAACCUCUCUGCGGAAGCCACUCGAUUCAUGAGCUACAACGACGAACUUGACCUCCCGGUCCUACAACUGUUGCAGAUUGCCAAGGCAGCAAACUCUGUGCUCCGUCUCGGCAUCGAUGUCGGUGGCGGUACCGGGACUUUCGCGGCGAGAAUGAAGCUUUACAAUGUGACCGUCGUGACGACGACGAUGAAUCUCGGUGCGCCGUAUAACGAGGUUGUGGCGCUGAGGGGGCUGGUGCCGCUACACGUGCCACUGCAGCAGAGGUUUCCGGUGUUCGACGGGGUGGUGGAUCUGGUGCGUUGCGGCCACGCCGUGAAUAGAUGGAUACCGUUGACGGCGAUGGAGUUCUUGCUUUACGACGUUGAUAGAGUGUUGAGAGGUGGAGGUUACCUGUUGUUGGAUCAUUUCUUUAGCAAAGGGGUGGAUCUUGACAAGCUUUAUGCGCCGUUGAUUGGGAAAUUGGGGUACAAAAAGGUGAAGUGGGCAACGGGGAAUAAGGCCAAUUCGAAGAACGCGGAGGUUUACUUGACCGCGCUUUUGCAGAAGCCUGUGUCAAAAUGAAAGUGAAAUUUGAGGUAUUCCUGGGAAAAUUGCCCCAUCAAAGGAUUAGAUUCCAGAUACUCCUUGGAGAUGAGUUAUCAAGCUGAAUAUUUAUUCCCACUGAGGUGGGUUUUACACCUUAGAUGUAGAGGGUUGUAGAAUGGGAAGAAUUAUAUGUUCGAGUCUUGAUAGAUCCACUCGGGAUUUUUGAGGUGGAUAGCCUUUACUGGUCUUUGAGCGAUUGUUAGAUUUAUUUGUUUACCCUCUCUCAAUAAUCCAUGCUAAAUUGUCAUUCCUGUUAAUUAUAUGAAAAGAAAUCUUCAGAGCA